AUGACGAUCAGUACUUGUAAAGCCCGUACGCUUGCAUGGCACGCGGACAAUGAAGAUCUGAUGACGCAACCCAGGAGGUUAAAGUACGACGUCAUCGGAGUGACCGAGACGAGACGACGCCACCCUCUCAACGCCGUAUAUGAAAUUGAAGAAGAAACCAUUGUUGGUGAUUUUAGCGGCAAGAUUUGCCCCAGAAGAACGCCUGACGAACUUCACAUCGGAACCCACGGGGUCCAAUGGGACGAACAGGGGGAGAGGCUUUCCGAGUUCAUCAUGACGACUAAGGCACUCAUGGGAACUCGCAAUUUCAGAAACCCUCUCCUCUACGCUGGACAUGGGAGUCACCCGGUGGAGGGUACCAUACCGAAAUUGACCACGUCAUCGUCAAUAAAAGGUUUUGCCCUACGGAUGUCGCUGUUAUCCCAAGGUUUUAUACGGGUUCGGACCACUCUUUCCUCUGGAGAAGAUUUUUCGUUUACCCGGAGCAAAGAAAAAGCUGCGAAAGUUACAGAGGGAAUUUCAAGAGCUAUCAUUAACUGGGAUCUUUUCGCUCUAGCCUGUUCUUGGGAAGAUUCCGCAAUGGACAGCAUCGACGAGCAAUACGAUCGGCUCGCUGAACAUCUUCAAGACUGCAUGUGGGAGGGACAGAGUUAUAAAAUAGGCGAUAAGAGAGAUUUCAAAGAAAGAAGAGGAGAAGUGUUGGCUAAAGCUACACAGGCGGGAAAAAUCAUCCGCCAUGCCCGUCGAGAAUUCGCCAAUCCCAAGACAAAGAUGACCGCUCUCCGGAACCCGAAUGGAACAACGACUGCAUCGAGAAGGGGAAUGGAGAAAAUAAUUUACUCUGAUCUCUUCGACAGUCAUGCCCACUUGACUCCUCACCAUCUGAUGGAAGAUGGAUAUGUCCUUCCAGAGGUUCCGAUGUACGACAUGCCAUCAUGUCGGAUUGAAAAAGUGUUAGAUGAAGAACAGCCAUGCGAGCAAGCAGAGUUUCGAAAAGGAUCCAGCACGAUUGACCACAUUCAUUUAAAACUUAUCGAGGUAUCACAAGAUGCCGCUCUGGCUCACCUUGAUCCACUUGAAGAAGGCCUUCGACUCAGUUGA